UCGUUCGGGACCGUCACAGUCAGCGGGGCUGUGGAGAAUGAGUCGCCAUGUCUCACACAAUUUUGCUUGUUCAGCCUACCAAGAGGCCAGAAGGGAGAACAUAUGCUGACUAUGAAUCGGUGAAUGAGUGCAUGGAAAGAGUUUGUAAAAUGUAUGAAGAACAUCUGAAGAGAAUGAAUCCCAACAGCCCAUCCAUUACAUAUGACAUCAGCCAGUUUGAUUUUAUUGAUGACCUGGCAGUCAGCUGUCUAGUUUACCGUGCUGACACUCAGACAUACCAACCCUACAAUAAAGACUGGAUAAAGGAGAAGAUCUACGUCCUCCUCCGCAGGCAGGCUCAGCAAGCAAGCAAAUAAUGGGGCAGCCUCAUUAUGGGGUUUGGGGAGGGCUUGGACAACAGGUGUGUACAGUAGUAGAAGUUUUGUAUUAUAGUCAUCCUGUUGUCAUCUUGUUAAACUCUAGUCAGGACUGAAUGUAUUGUUAGCGAUGCAAGGAUUUUGUUCAGUUUGAAACCCUUUUUUUAGUGUAAAUGAAGAAGAAAAUGUAACAUCUUUGGCAGGGAUUUAACUUUGUUUCUCUCUGGUUGGCUAACAAUCCUACUUUUGUUCAAUCCCCUAGGGCUGUUCAUAUGCUUUGCUAGAUUCACUGUAUGUGCCCUUCUGCGGGAUAUCCAACUAUUAGUUAUGUCAUUGAGACAAAAGACAUAGUGGAAAAUAAAAUGAAUACUCU